UUUACAUUGAAGCGUUGCUUCCAGGUUAUCCUGCAAACAUCUCUGCUUUUGGCAUUUGGUUUAGGUUAUCUUUUCGAAACAGGUUUGUAUAUGAUGACUCAGGCCAAACAAGAAACAAAAGUUAAAGUGUUCUCAGACCAGUUUUCAACGCCCCCCGCCCCACCAAAACCUCUUUUCUCAGCCUUUCCUGUGGUGAAGAUACAAACAUGUGAGGGAACAAAGUGUAAACUCAUUUCUUUGGAGUAAAAAAAAAAAUGAAUAAACAAGUUAAUCGGUGGGCAAAAGGCAAGCUGAGGUGUGAAUUUUGUUGUCCCCCAUGGGAGGUUGCGUGCAAACCUCAGAGUCAUAUCCCCCCAUUCUGCUUUUCAUCUUUCAACUAUGUGUCAUAGAAAACCUGAGUUUCUUUUUCAGCUUUCUUGACUGUGAUAUCCUGUUCACCACCAGAUAGACUUCAGAAGGUGUGUGUGUACAUGCGUUCCUCCUUCUCUUGCUAAGGAUCAACCAUGCUGAGUGCAAAGCCCAUCUUGGCUGCCUUCACCCUACAACUUCUCUCCCUCCUCUUUUUUUUGACCGGAGUCUCUCCCAAUUGCUACGUUGGUACAGCCGAUGAAUGCGAUGAGCAAAAGGACUUUGUGCCUGGCUACAGCAUGGCUGAAGAAGGCUUUGAUAUCACCACGCUGGAGAAGAAGGCCAAUGUGUUGGAUCUGAGUCAGUGGCAGAGGGCUGAUGGCACUUGCACCCUGUGCCGUAACCCUUUCCUGCAGGAUAGGCCUCUUCAGAGACUUCCCUUGGUGGCCGUUGACUGGGCAGCCAAAGUAAGUUGUCAGAGGAAGGUUCACACUUCCCUACAAAGCUCGGGCAUCGAUGUGGUUCAUGCCGCAGCAUCUGAUGUGAAGAAUGACUGGAAAGUUGGACUUGAUGUACAGGUGAAACCCGAGCAACAGGUCCAGAUGACGAUGUCUGGAGCUCACUCCACAGUGGCAGACUUCACCAUGCAAAAGAAUAAUCAAGACAAGUAUACUUUUGCAAGUCACGAGAUCUCCUGCUCUUAUUACAGCUUCCGUAUCAGCCAAUACAUUCUCUCCAGGCAUUUUAAGCGCUCCCUUCGCAGUCUCCCUGCCAAGUACCGAUCCAACUCCCUACCGGAAUAUCGACAGCUCAUCGGCACUUACGGGACCCACUUCAUCGAUCAUCUGCACUUGGGGGGCCGCGUGAGGGAUGUGACAGCAUUGCGGGUCUGUGAGACAGUUUUGGAGGGCGCGUCUGCUGAUGAAGUGAAAGACUGCCUAACCCUCGAGGCCUCGGCCAACAUUGGGGGUGGCAAAGGAAGCCUCAGUGCAGCCUACAACGCAUGUGAAGAGCUGAAGAAGAAGAAGAAUUUCAAAGGAAGCUUCCACCAGACCUAUAACGAGAGACACACUGAGGUGAUCGGAGGGGACCAACACACUGACUUGCUCUUUUCAAAUGAACAGAAUCCUGAAGGUUAUAAGCAGUGGCUGGAAAGCCUUAAAUAUAUCCCUGCACUCCUUUCUUACUCCCUGAAGCCCAUUCAUACUUUGCUGCCUAAGGGUCACCCAAAGCGGGACAGUGUGCAACAGGCAGUGAGUGAGUACAUCAGAGAAAGGGUCCUUUGGAGGAACUGCAGCCAGCCUUGUCCUCCCGGCUCCCAACGCAGCCUCCGAGAUCCCUGCUCCUGCGUAUGUCCCAAUGACGGCACCACUAACACCAUGUGCUGCUCCCGGGAGCGAGGCCAGAGCAAGCUAACGGUGACGAUUCGACGUGCCUUUGGUCUCUGGGGAGACCACUCCACAAGAACGGAUGCUUAUGUCAAGGUAUUUUUCCAUGGGGUUGAGAGCCGGACAUCCACUGUGUGGAAUAAUGAUAAUCCAGUAUGGAUGGCCCACUUGGAUCUGGGGAAGGUCCAGGGCUUGGGAGAAGCCGGCAGGCUCCGAAUACAAGUCUGGGAUGAAGACAACCGUUACGAUGAUGAUCUGUUGGGGACAUGUGACCGAACUCCCACAUCUGGGAAACCUCAUAUCGAGGUGUGUUACUUAAAUCAUGGACGCCUUGAAUUUCAAUAUAAUUUGGAAUGUGGCCCCUUCUUAGGAGGGCCCUACUGCUUGGAUUAUGUCCCUCAGCAGCCACACAAGGUUGCUUCGUUACAACGUGGAGCAAAGUGAAACCCGUGAUAGAAAGAGGCUGCUCAAGGGGUUACACGUAGUCCUCAACUUAUGACCACAACUGAACCCAAAGAUUCCCAUCGCAGAGUAGUUAAGUGAGUUUUGAUCCAUAGAUGGCCUUUCUUGUCGCAGUUGUUAAGCAAAUCCCUGCAGUUGUUAAGUGAAUCAUGGAGUCAUUAAGUGAAUCUUGCUCCUCCCUCCCUCCCCCUGGACUUUGCUUCUCAGAAGCCCGCUGGUAAAGUCACAAAUGACCCCAGGACACUGCAAUGGUCAUAAAAUUAUGCCACUUUUUAGGUGCCCAAAUUUUGAUUCUCUAACUUUGGGAUGCUGCAACAGUCAUAAAUUCCUUUUUUCACUGCCAUUGUAAUUUUGAAUGGUCAUUAAAUGAAUGGCUGUAAGUCGAGGACUACCUGUAUUCAUGCUACUACUUAUUUUUAAUGCCUGCCCUGGAUUUCUUUAUAUAAAUUCUUGUUUAAUUACUGAAGAUCAGUGUUUCUCAACCUUAGCAAUUUUAAGACAUGUGGAUUUCAACUCCUAGAAUUCCCCCUAGCUCGCUGGGGAAUUCUGGGAAUUGAAGUCCACACAUUUUGAAGUCACCAAGGUUGAGCUACACUACUGUAAAUCUAUCUACAAAAGCUAAAACAAAGAACACAAAACAGAACACAUUGCUUAUGUCAGGGGUGAGUUUCUGCAUGGCAGAAGCGUCCAGGCGGAUUGGUGUAGCCUCUCACUGCUGCCGCUACCGGUUCGCCCAAUAUGGGGCGAACUGGUAGCAAGCCAUCACUGGCUCAUGUACUAUGCAAACAAAGGCAACCCUAGAGACAAUGUUGAAUGCUUUUUCUCAUGCAGAAAAAGAGGUCUUCCAGAUUGUCCUGUAUAAAUGAUGGAGAUUGGAAAUAAUUUUUGUUGUGGCCUCAAUCAAAUCAGCCUGCAAUAUUAGAAUUAUGUAAUGCUUGGAAAAGGUGCUUCCAACGGAGCACAAGACAUACAUAGUUGCUAGGAAUGCUUUUCAAAUUUCAUCUUGAUCGUUCACAAUAUUCCUUUUCAUUGUCCUCCUGUUUGUUUUCCUAUCUGUCCCAUGUAAUUUUUUUAAAAAAAUCACAUUUGGAAAAACCAAGUCUUCUGGAAAAAGUUCAGUGUGAAAUAACUUAUCACUCCAUAAAUAAGCCAUGUACCACACAAAUACAUCACACAGACUAAUGUUGUAUUUUGAGUUAUGACAGCAGGACUGUAACCUUGUUUUCUGUUAUCCUUAAGAUUUAUAUUGACUGUUUCCCUAUGACUAUCAUUAAGUGUUGUACCUUAUGAUUCUUGACGAAUGUAUCUUUUCUUUUAUGUACUCCAAGAGCGUAUGCACCAAGACAAAUUCCUUGUGUGACUAAUCACUCUUGGCCAAUAAAGAAUUCUAUUCUGUUCUGUUCCGUUCCGUUCCGUUCCGUUCCAUUCCAUUCUACUCUACUCUACUCUAGAUGAACCUACUAAUUAACUUUUUACCAAUGGCUUUCCACUCAUCUAUGGAUACCAGGCAUUCAAAUUUCACACCUGUUGUCUCCCUGUAAUCUGAGACAUCUAAUUUUGUAACUAGUUAUUAGAGGCAUAUUUGAUAUCUUAUUGAUAGGAAAAUAUACAUAGGCUUCACUUAAUGUUAAGAGGUAUUUUUACUGCUUCCUUGUGCUUUGGCUAAAAUGAAAUACUGCUUGGAAUUGCGAGUUCUCAAACAACAAUAAUUUGUAGCUUGAUCCAGUUAAUUGAUCUAGAAAAUAUAUCUUCCCAGGUUUGCAAUCAAAUUGUUGCCUUGCUCAUUUCAUGCUUAGAUCCUGCCCCCCCCCGAUGUUAAUUUAGCAAAUUUAUAAACUCAUCUUUAUAAUAAGUUUGUAGUUGUAUUCUAAUGCUCACAUCACAGGAAGGGAAUAUUCAAAUUUUUCAAGGUGGUUGCACCCUUGUAUUCUACAAUUUAUAAAGAAUGGAAAAUACAAGAUAAUCCAUGAAAACUAAAUUUUAACAGGCAAAUCUUAUCCUGGAUUGAUUUGAAAAGUGUGCUUUUAAGUCAAAAACUUAAACAUGGAAAAUUAAAAUAACCCCAAAAAACAAAUGUAUUAAAUCCCUGCAAAUAAAAUUUUAAGAAUCUUCAAAAAUAUCGUAUCAAGAAUAAAUUGUACAAAUCAAAUUCCUAAAUCAGAGGAAACUUUUUUAAAAAGGGGACAAUUUUUGCAGUUAUAUCAACCUCAAAUUAAAAUGAAAAACCUCCUCAAAAUAGAAGUAGGAGGGAUGCAGAAAGAUUGGAAAAAAUAUAAAAAGAAAGCAAGAAUGGAAGAUUAACCUUUUCUUUUGGCUUUGUAGUUGUUCUACUCAUGGUUAAAAAUGAUUAUGUUGUAGGUAUUAUAACUACUGAGGGGGGAAAAAGUAUAAAGUUAAAUAUUGAUUUUUAAAUAUGAUGUAUUAAUGGUUGAUUAAUCCUUUUUGGUUUUUUAGUUUAUGUAUUAAUGGUUAAUUAUGUUGUUGAUUAUCUUUUAAAUUUUAAAAAUUGGAGGGAGGAAUAAUGAAGGGGGAAAUUUAGAAACUUAAAAAAUGUAGAAAUUUAAUUAGUGAAUAUCUAAGGUUUAUUUUUUGUUAUGAGAUUUCAAAAUAAGAAACCAAGAAUGGAAGAUUAAUUUUUUUUUUUUUUUUUGGCUUUGCAGUUGUUCUAUUCAUGGUUUAAAUUGAUUAUGUUUUAGGUGUUAUAACUAUUGAGGGGGAAAAAGUAUAAAGUUGAAUAUUGAUCUUUAAAUAUGAUGUAUUAAUGGUUAAUUAAUCUUUUUUGGUUUUCUAGUUAAUGUACUAAUGGUUAAUUAUAAAAAUGUAGAAAUUUAAUUAGUGAAUAUCUAAGGUUUAUUUUUUGUUAUGAGAUUUCAAAAUAUCUGAAUUUUGAGAAAAAUAGGAGGGGGAAAAAUGUUUUUAGGUUUGAAUGUUUAAGAUUUGUUAAUGGUUUUAAAAUUCUUAGAGUUAUUGGAUUACAUGUUACUUUGUGUUUAUAUAAAGGGAGGUUGAUGAAAUUGUAAAAGGGGAGUUAAGGGGUCUUGGGAGUUAUUAAAUCUUGUAGUUAGCUAGUUUAUUUUAGCGAAUGUUUGGUGAAAUCUAUGCCCUGUUUUUGUUCUGGGAAGUCGGGGGUGGGGGGGUGGUAAGGAGGGGAUGAAGAUUGAGUUUACCAAAUUGAUUUUUUUUUCUUUUUUUCUGAUGAUAGUAUGAAUGAUUGUUUAUAUUGUAUACUUGUUUGAUCAGAAAAUAAAAACUUUUUUAUUAAAAAAAAAAAGAAUAAAUUGUACAACAUGUAUUUUUAAAACUUUAAAUGCAGCUGAGAGGUGUUUUUUUUUAAAAGGUUUAUCUCAUCUUGCCUCAAAUCUUUUUUUUUAAAUUUUUUAAAAAUCUUAUACACAAGCAAACAUUUAGUACAUCAAUCAUUCCUUCCGUGUGACAUCUCGGCAUUUUCUCUGUAAUUUCAUCUUUUUUUAUUAUUUCUUCUGUCUUCGUUUUCACCAAAUCUAUUACAACAUUUCUCCAAGAGUACAAUAUUCUAAUUAUACCAUUUUCGCAUAGCUAUUUAUAGAUUUACUUAUUUGUAUCUCUUU